UUUCUCUUUCGUUUUCCUGGAAAACCAAAAGCGAAAGCAAAGGAAAAAGAAGAAAAAAAUUCACAAAAACAGAUACUAUUAUUCCUUCCUUAUUAUCACGAUCAUCAAACCCUUUCCAAUAAAUCUUCCAUUGCUUUUCAUCAUCAAAUGCAUUUCCUUCAUUGCUAGAUUUCACAAACAUUUUUCGUUCCUUCUUCGUUCUUCCAAAAUGGCGAGUAAUGAUAAUUUCAACCGUUCAGACUCUUCAUUUAGUGAUAAUUCAGUUUAUUUGGACGCUCAAGAUCGUUCCGUUCAUGAUGCUUCUUCUUCAGGACGUAUUAACAGGGAUUCAUCAUCAAGUGUAUCGCAAAAUGUGGAAGAAUAUGGAGCUUUGGGUGUUGUACCUGAAGGUGAAUCGUCCAAGAAUGAUGCUAUAGUUGGAAAGCAAAGACUGCACAGUCGAUUAUGGGCUAGGUUCUUUGAUGAGAAUGUUCCUCUCAGGAAAAGGCUGAGAUGGCUAAAAAAUGCUUUCAUGGUGAAGGAUGACGGUACUGUAGAAAUUGAUGUUCCAGGAAAUAUUAAACCUCUCGCUCUAGAAAAUGGAACUGGAGUUAUUGAUCCUAGCGAUGAAUCUUGCAACGAAACAAUCAAUGAGGAUAUUGAACCUAUUCGACCGCAACAAAUUGCAAUGCUUAUAGUUGGCACACGGGGAGAUGUCCAGCCAUUUGUUGCCAUUGGGAAGCGUCUGCAGGCAGAUGGCCACAGGGUUAGGCUAGCUACACAUAAAAAUUUUGAAGACUUUGUCUUGUCGGCGGGCUUGGAGUUUUACCCUUUAGGUGGAGAUCCCAAAGUUCUUGCUGAGUAUAUGGUCAAGAAUAAAGGCUUCUUGCCAUCAGGACCUUCAGAAAUACAUUUACAAAGAAGUCAAAUCAGGGCUAUUAUUCACUCUUUGCUUCCUGCAUGCAACAGCCGGUACCCAGAAUCUAAUGAACCAUUUAAAGCAGAUGCAAUAAUUGCAAACCCUCCAGCAUAUGGCCAUACUCAUGUUGCAGAGUAUCUAAAUGUUCCGCUGCACAUAUUCUUCACAAUGCCGUGGACGCCUACUAGUGAUUUUCCCCAUCCUCUUUCCCGUGUUAGACAGCCAAUUGGAUACAGACUGUCAUAUCAAAUAGUUGAUGCUUUAAUCUGGCUUGGAAUACGAGAUUUGAUAAAUGAAUUUAGGAAGAAGAAGCUGAAGUUAAGAGCUGUUACUUAUCUACGCGGAUCUUACACCUUCCCUCCUGAUAUGCCCUAUGGUUAUAUUUGGAGCCCCCACUUGGUCCCUAAACCAAAAGAUUGGGGACCUAACAUUGACAUUGUUGGCUUUUGUUUCCUCGACCUUGCUUCAAAUUAUGAACCACCAAAAUCGCUAGUAGAUUGGCUUGAAGAAGGAGAAAACCCUAUCUAUGUUGGAUUUGGUAGUCUCCCUCUACAGGAACCAGAGAAAAUGACAAGAAUCAUAGUUCAAGCUCUGGAACAAACAGGGCAGAGAGGUAUCAUCAACAAAGGGUGGGGUGGUCUUGGGAAUUUGGCAGAACUAAAUACAUCUAAAUCUGUGUACUUACUGGACAACUGCCCGCAUGAUUGGCUGUUUCCACGAUGCGCUGCUGUGGUUCAUCAUGGAGGCGCUGGAACAACUGCUGCCGGUCUUAGAGCUGAAUGCCCUACCACUGUUGUACCAUUCUUUGGGGACCAGCCAUUUUGGGGAGAGCGGGUGCAUGCCAGAGGAGUGGGCCCUGCACCCAUCCGGGUAGAGGAGUUUACGUUGGAAAGGCUGGUUGAUGCCAUACGCUUUAUGCUGAAUCCAGAGGUGAAAAAGCGUGCUGUUGAACUUGCUAACGCCAUGAAAAAUGAAGAUGGGGUAGCAGGAGCAGUUAACGCCUUCUAUAAACAUUAUCCGCGCGAAAAACCUGAUACUGAGGCUGAGCCCAGGCCAGUACCCUCAGUACAUAAACAUUUAUCUAUACGAGGAUGCUUUGGCUGCUACCAUUCUUCUGCAUAAUGGCUUCUUGUCCAUACAACACAUUCCUGUAUGCAAUCAUGUUAAUUCUUCUUUAGUCUAGUUCUGCUAUAUCAGAUAUUGUGACUGAAAUGUAAAUUGUCGUGGUGAUUUUGUUGAGCUUCUCCGGAAAUAGUUCAGAAUGGUCAUAACUGAUGAUAUUCUUCAUUGGAAUCUUUUAUGAAAAGAAACAUGCUUACUUCACA